UUCACUGUUUUGUUAUGUUCUGUGUUGCUUAUAUGCCGACUUAUAGGUUAUGUGAAACCUUUCAAAUUCGAUUAUCAUAUAAAUCUUUAUACUUAUGUGAUGAACAAUUUCUUAUACUAUUUUGUGCUGGAGUGUCGUAAGAAUGAGUAAAAUAACACACUUUAUCGUCAUACGUGAUUAUAAGCCUGGAGAUGAAUAUCAGUGCCGUGAAAUAGUGAAAGAAGGUACAAUGGCAACUGUAAACAAUGCAUUUUUCUCCUUGAUUGAAGUCACUUUUCAGUUAAUGGUACUUUCUACUGCUGCAAUGUUCAUAUUCUUUGGCCUCCCUUUCACAGUUUGUCUCGGCUCAAUUCCUGGAGUAAUUAUUUUUAUGUAUAUGUGUGUAUGGGCAGGCCAUUUAUUCAAAUCAGUUGAACUCACACAAGAUUUAGGAAAUAUUCCUAGAGUUUAUAUGUCUUCAGAUUCUACAGGAUUUUGGGUUGCAGAGGCAUUUGAACCUGUUUUUAUGAACAAUGAACCAUCUCAUUUCAAAUAUUCAAUCUUCUCAGAGAAAGAAUAUAAACAUAAACAAAUUGAUGUAAGCUCUUAUCGCAAGACACUUGUUGGAACUGUAGGUAUUGUAAAAAGUCAAAUUUCUGAAGACUGUGCCUGGCUACGUCGAAUGGCUGUCAGGCCAAAAUAUCAACGCAUGGGCAUAGGAAAAGCACUCUUAAAUGAAGCAUUACAAUUUUGCAACGAGAAAUAUCAAGGGGUUGAAUUGGUAACAACCGAAUGGCAUGAUAGUGCAAGGACUUUGUAUAUCAAGAGAGGCUUUCAAUUAAAACAAAUGUAUCACAAACAGUUGCUUGGUAGUAUUGUUGCUAUUCUGAUUUACCAGUUGCAUUAUAAAGUUCAACCAAACCAAAUUUCAAUUACACCUUAAUACUAAAAGAUAGAUUUUAAUUCAGUUUGCUUUGGACACUAAAACAAGCUAAUAAUUUAAAUUGGAAUUAGCAGAAGUGUUUUAUAUAUGUAUAUAAAAUAACAAAUUUCGUUUUUUAAAACCACAUUCUUUUCUUAUGGGUAACAUACUGUUGGAAUUAAUGUUUGACAAUACUAAAAAUUAGAUUAAAUGAUAUUUUUUAUAAGCUUCUCACCAAUAGUAUAAAGAAUAAUGAAAUAUUGUUAUUUAGUUAGUUUAAUUAUUAUAUUUUAAUCAAUACAUGUACGUUUAAGUAUUAUAUUUUUAAAUCAAUAUGUUUACUAAUAAUUUUAUUACAAAUGUACUGUUAUAAGAUCUAGUUCUCUGUAAGUUAGUUUUUCUGUUUGGUAACCCAAACAAAUAAAAACAAGGCCAAAAAACAGUGGUUCUUCCUGUUGCUUGUACAAAAUAAGUAACACUUCAUGGCAUUUCUAUGUUUUUACAAAUAAAUAUAUUUAUUUUUAUGUUUAUAAAUA